GCCGAGCAAAUGCGUGUUGUCAAUUUGGAAAGCGCUUAGUGCAAACACCCUCAGACUAUAUUACCUCACCCUCCUCCUCUAUACACCUUUGUACUUUUUCAACAUACACACCAUGAGCAAUUCGCCUAUUUCCUCUAUCACUAAUGAGUCGCUGCACACGACCGCAUUCAGUUCAGCCAACAGCAGUAUCACUAAUACGGCUGGACCCUCGUCGACAGGGCGGUACAGCAGCUGCCAAUGCGUCGACGCCGUCACCACGACAGCAGCACACACACGGACUGACGGUGCUACAGUGCGCAAGGACAGGGGCGCCAGUCGAUCCACACGUGUACAGAGACUGGUUGAUAUUCGAGGAGCGGCUGAAGCAAAACUACCGGCGGCUGCAAAAGAAGAAACGCAGCUACUUGGCCCAGAUCGUCGGAUUCGGGAUCCUGGUGGUGUACUUUGCAUGGUUUGGCUUUGUCAGCACGCAGUCGUACAAGUUCACCUGCAAGCUGCUGAGCGGCGGGUCGGCGUACUGCAUUUACCACAUUCAAUCGAUCAAAUACUCUGCGCAAUGCAACCGCGUCAUGCACCAAUUCCGGAUGCGCUUCGAAGCCAGUCCGCUUGUACGCACCUCCAUGACCAACACCGCCGACCAGCAGCCCGCGAAGCAAACGGCAGUUCCGCGACAGCUGCGCGACGGGUACUGGGACUUUCGCACCACAUAUUACCGGAAGCGCGAUGCUGCUAAGCGGAGACAGCAGGAGCGGGCGAAACGCGACCGCCAGCGCAAGAAUUCGUCUGGCAUGAGCAGCUUCCGCACCAGCGAGCGGCGGCCAAAGCGACGUUCGCACCACCGAGAGGCCUCGCAUGUAGGCGGUAAGGUCAGUGCGGGCUCGCCGCCGUCCAGCAUGGCGUCGGAGGGCACCGACGGCGGCGCUUUCUGGCCGGGAAUCGACAGUGCCACCGAUGACGGAUCGACGACCAGCUCGUCGCACCUGGACAACUCCGAGAGCGAAGCGCAGGACGAUAUUGUGACGCCCCAGCCGGUGGGCUAUGCGAGCUCGAAUUCGACGCCGACGCCGGCCCACUCGACGGUUUUUUGGUCCAGGAGCAUGGACCGGAAUAACUGAAGACUGGACACUUAUAUUUUUGAAAUGAAAGAAAGAAAUCCAUAAGAGAACUGAGGCCCGCUUUACCAAUGCAUGACCUCGACGCGGUACCGCUCCAGCUUCUGCACGCGCUCCCAGUACACGCCGCCCUCGCCAGGCGCCCUGGGGCCUGAGCUUGGACGCAGGCAAAUUGCUGCGGCUCUCCAUCUCAGUGCGCGUCAGGCCAUUGCGCGUGACAAUCUCCUCCAGGCCCAGCUCACGCCGCUGCAGCUCCAGAUCCUUGGCGACGCGCU